GAUUCUAACACAUACAGGGGACUUGUAGGAUUUAAAGUAUACGUCAGAUACCAAGUACGUAAAAUUGAUUUAGAUCAAAGGAAAAGAAGCCGAAGAUGAUACACCCUGCAUUGUCUUGUAUGUAUAUCUGUACGCUGUUUAAUCCAGAUCUCUCUGUUUCGUCGCAGCUCCGGUUGGUACAGAAAUGCUUGCAGGACGUAGUCGGACCAUCACCCAGGGUUCUUUUAGAGUCAUUUACAAACUGGGCAGAGCUAAUAAGUUACGAUCGCGUAUUCGUGAUGAAACCUGAAUCGGUGGAGGAGAUACAGAGAGCGGUAUAUGCCGCGCACGCAUGCAGAAGACAAGUGCGUGCUGUGGGAAGCUCGCACAGCAGUUCUCCUCUCUUCGGCGACAGGGGUCACAUCCAUUUAAAUCUGUCCAAUCUCGCAUUAGAGAAUGGAAAAAGGGUGAUUCUUCAGCCACUGAAUCCCGAUCGGCCAGUUGCCGUGGUUAAAGUGGCACCUAGCGUCACUCAGGCAGAACUGGACAGAGAGUUGGAGGUCAUGGGAUAUGCCUUUCCCUUCGGGCCCCUCGUUUCAGACGUGACCGUUGCUGGAUCUAUAGCGACCUCAUCACACGUGAGACACAUUGCUUAA